UCAUUAUGAGCUCAGACUGCAAAUGGAUUUUCCAAGAAUGUAUCAGUGGCUAGAAGGGGGCGAAGCUUGAGGGAGUAACUCGACACUGUGUUUUUCUGUUUGAUUCGAAGUCGAAGUUUCUUCUCUGUGUAUGAUCUGUAACAAUCAGUCGGACCACUGCAUGUAUCAAUCAUAAUUAGUAAUUUGGGCAUGAAGACUUGAAGACGAGUUUACCUAAAUGAAAAAGAACAAUGGACCACAUGAUUAUCACAUGGUUGUUACUGGACUUAAUGUUCUGCAUGAGCACACAAGCUGGGAAUGAUCAAGCAAAUGGUGUCUUGCACUGUGAACCUCAGAAUGUGACGCUUAACACCUCUGACCAGAUCCUGUUAACGUGGAAGGACGACCCUUCGUGCCCUGCAGCACGUAACGGGCUGAUCUAUGAGCUGGUGGUUUUCAUAGCAGACGAGGAAGUCCAUCAUGAGGACUUUGCUGUGAUGCCUCACCAGAUAGGAUUGACUCACUCCUGGAACUGGAAGUCACAUUUAGCAAUGGAGUGUGCUUCCCAUUUAGUGAGACUCAGGUCCCGAUACAACAACCACACGAGCCUAUGGAAAGAAGUACAGACUCUUCCUGGGACUGACAACUCAAAAACGCAGGAGGUUUAUCCACGGGACAGAAUGUUUGAGGUUGGCAGUAGAGCCACCUUCUGCUGCAUUCUGCCAGUAGGAGCUAUUUUCAACAAAAUGUAUAUGGUGGGGUAUAAUGAUUCUCAUAUGAAAACUACCAAAAUCAGUAAUCAGACAUAUAUCCUGACUGUCCGCCUGAACCGACCGGCCAAACGUUGUACUGAUGUAAUUUGUGAAACAAACACAACGCAACGCACACAAGUAAAUGGGGCUUGUGCUUAUAUUGGCUACCCACCUGAUGACAGGGGUCUUCAGUGUGAAACCCGAGAUCUGCAGUCAGUCGAAUGUCACUGGACAGAAGGAAGAGACACACACUUGUUCAAGAGUCCAACAGUUUAUCAGCUGCUUGGAAGCCACUGUGCAGAUGGGUCCAUGAGGAGAUGCAAGGUGGAAGUGCAAGUGGACGCUGGUGAGAGAAACUGGACACUAACAGCAAAAAAUGAUCUUGGGAGGGUGGAGGUCACAGACAGAGCAGACCUGACUAAAAGAGUGCAUAUGAUCACUCCAAAGAGAUUGAUGGCUUUGAAUGUGAAUGCCAGGAAUGUCACUCUGCAGUGGGAAUGGACGGUGCAGCAGUACAGUAAUCUCAACAUAACGUGCCAAGUAAAAGUUAGCCAUGGUGACACAAAUACCAUAUUGUGUUCUCAGAGUGAAAGUACUGGAGUUGGCCUUCAGUAUGCGGUUUUGACUGAUCUGAUACCACAUUGGACGUAUAAUGUGACAGUACGAUGUGGAACAGCACAACAUUUCUGGAAAUGGAGUGACUGGAGCACAAGUGUUAACUUCCUCACAAAGAGUGAUGUUCCAGAUGCUCUUGAUGUGUGGAGGCAGGUGAAGGGUAACCAGGUUAUAAUCCUUUGGAAAGUACCACUGGCCAACCAGAGUCAUGGACACAUUGAAGACUAUGAAGUGACCUGGGCAAAAACAACAGAGAGAGAACAACAAAACACAGCCUUAGUUCUAAAUUGCAGUUUUUCUCUCAGUCUUAACACCACAGAAGAGUAUAUUGUUACAGUUACAGCUAGAAAUAUGAAUGGCAAGUCAUCCCCAUCAACCAUCACCAUCCCCAGCCGCAAACCAGAGACGUCAGAAGGAACAGAAAGAGUGAGCACAUCUUGGAUCACCGGCAGCAAUGGCACCUUCCACCUCUCCUGGUCUGCCAGUCCUGCAGCCAGCUGUGGCUAUAUAGUGGACUGGUGUCCUACCUUACGGCAGGACGAGGUGGAGUGGCUCAAAGUGCCUCCAAAUGAAACUACUGCCAAAAUAUUUUCAAAAAAUUUCACAGACGGAGUGAGAUAUUCAGUGUCUGUAUAUGCCUGCACCCAGGCGGCUCCAGUGCUGCUCGAAAGAAGAGAGGGUUAUGUCAGCGAAAAAAGAAUAGAAGAUUCCCUGUUUGAUCCAUUGCAAGGGAAACAGCAGAAUUCAGAUGUUGUGAUAUCCUGGGCCCCUAUAAAUCUAACAGAGCAGUCUGCUUUUAUCCGAGGCUAUGUUCUGUAUUGUUUGGACGUCAGCAACAACAAUGUAGUCCUCAAUGUCAGCACAGACAAACCAGAGGAUACCAGCUUGACAGCAAGAAACCUUAAUUUCAGCUCCUACUUAUUCCAAGUGAAGGCACAAACGGCAGUUGGAGAAUGUGGCACUACGCCGAUUACUUUCACCUUGAAUUCAUUGACUGAUAACUUGGUCAAGUCUGUGGUCAUCAUCCUGGUCACUGUUUUUAUUCUCCUUACCCUCAUGACUAUCCUUUGCUACAGACACUGGACGUGCAUCAAACAGAAAGUCUAUCCUCCAAUACCAAAGCCAGUGUUGAAUGAGUGGGUGACAUCGAAGGAUCAAAAACAUUAUCCUCUUCAUGUGGAUCAGGAUGACCGCAGUGAAGCAGAUGUCGUGGCUGUUUCAGAGGCGGGUUGUGACUCAGUAGCACCUGACAACGGUUAUGUCAGUCCAGAGAAUAUGAAUUGUUCACAAACUCCAAACCAUUAUUACAAUCACCCACUGGGAAAGUGCACUUCACCACUCUUCCCUUUAUCCUCAACUGCCAUCCCAUCUCAGUCCAGGUUAUCAUCUUCUCCGUUCAGAAAUGUAUUUCAUAACCUGUCAUAUGUGCCGGUAAUGAAGACAGAGGAUCAGUGGUCCAUCUCAGGUCCGGACUUUCAGGAGACCACACAUUUAGAGAGAAGCUCCAGUGGAUACCAGCCUCAAAAUAGCUUCUCUCCAAGUGAGACAAUGGAGGAUCCGGGAAGUCCUAUGUCCUGUGUGUCCACUUACAUUUUAUUACCACAGUCACAUUCCAAAUAGCUGCUGCAUGCACAGCCUAUAUGGUAUCAUAAGUAUGGGAAAUAUGAUAAUGCUGUCAGAAAACAAAACUUUAAAAUGCAUUUAAUGAAACGCAAAUUUGCAAUGUAAUGCAUAAUGUCUAAUAGAUUAUUUGUAAUGUGUAUUAUUUGUAGUUAUACUAGUGGCAUAUUGCGACAGCUAGAGGAUGGAUUUCGCUAAAAUUUGGAACAUACAUUCAAAAUACUACCUAAAGUAUGUUCAGUUACUCCUUGAUUUAGCUCUGGAUAUACCAUGAGCCGAAAUGUGAAUCUUCACAGUUUGAAUUGAGUUAAUAAUUGUGAAAUCAAUAUGAUGACAUAUAGGAGAGGCGUACGGUAAUCAUGAGUCACAGUGGACUAGUGCAACUGGGAUACUGAAGCUAAAACUUUUGCUUUAUUUUAAAUUCUAGCGGGCAUGCUAGGGCAGCUAUAGCUCAGGACGUAUAGCUUCCGAUGAGUCACCCAUGGGUGCCGUGAGUGUUGGUUUGAAUGGUCAUUGCUCCUGAUGAGCAGGUGGCACCUUGCAUGGUAUCCUCUGCCACCAGUGUAUGAACGUUUGUAUGAAUGGAGGAAGGCUGGUUCAUAGUACGUCAGCCGAAAUAUGGGGUAAAUGACGCAGAAACAAAUGUAAGUGUUUCCAUUUGAUGAAAUGGUGCCGCUGUCAAAGGAGCUUUUGCAGGGCCAUGGUUAACACUGAGGACACUUUCAUUCGUUAAUGUCUUCUCUAUCUUAUUUUUUAGCAACGAUAAAAUAAAUGAUAAGAUACAUGA